UGAAGGCAGCAUUAGUUGCGCGUAUCCCUCCCCAGCCGCUGUAGUUUAAUCUGGUGUUUUCGAUCCGCUGUCAAUUUGAGUUGUUCAUAAUUUGAAAAUGGGAAAGCUCGUGUGCGCCUCGCUUGUAAUAGCGGCCAUCGCGGCGCUGUUGGGAGAGAGGAUCGUCAACCUGAGGAAAAGGGCCCUCGCCUCUAUAGAGGUGCUGCAGAAUCACCUGCCCAACUGUGUGGCGUUAAAAAACCUGGAUUCUGGCUCGGAAGACAUCACGAUCCUGGCCGACGGACUCGCCUUUAUCAGCACUGGUCUGAAGUUUCCUGGACUACCAGCCUCAGAGGGGACAGGAAAGAUCUUCUCCCUCGAUCUACAAGACUCUCGGAUGAAUCCGGUGGAGCUGCGCAUGCCAAGAAACUUUGACCUGGACUCAUUCAACCCUCAUGGCAUCAGUGCAUACACCGAUCCCACAGAUGACACAAUUUACCUGUUUGUUGUCAAUCAUCCACAACACAAAAGCCAGGUCGAGGUCUUCCAAUUUGUUGAGGACAACCACCUCCUUAUGCAUGUGAAAACUAUAAAGCAUGAACUUCUCUACAGUGUGAAUGACAUCGUUGCAGUGGGCGUGGACAGCUUCUAUGCAACAAAUGACCACUAUUUCUCCCAUGACAUCCUGAAAAGUUAUGUGGAGCCUGUUCUGGGACUGUCUUGGUCUAAUGUUGUGUACUACAGUCCCACGGAUGUGAAGGUCGUCUCUGACGGUUACUACUUUGCAAACGGAAUCAACAUCUCACCAGACAAAGGACAUAUAUAUGUGGCAGAUGUGUUUGACCACAAUGUGCAUGUGUUGGAGCGAAAAGAAGACAAUUCACUGGUCUCUCUGAAGUCUGUGCCUCUGGGUUCUCUCUGUGACAACAUUGAAGUCGACCUCGAAACAGGCGACCUGUGGUUAGGCUGUCACCCUAAUGGAUGGAAACUUAUCAUGUUUGACCCCAACAACCCACCUGGAUCAGAGGUCAUCCGCGUCCAGAAGAUUCACUCGGACCAGCCGGUGGUGACUCAGGUGUACGAAGACGAUGGUCGUGUGCUCAUGGGUUCGUCUGUAGCAGCAGCAUAUGGGGGAAAGUUGCUCAUUGGCACUGUGUUCCACAAAGCCCUGGUCUGUGAUCUGGAGUAGGCAAUGACUCUCCUCUUUGCAAGGCGCGGACAAUGGUGAUAUGAAUGAUGAGUAACAUAAAUCACAGCAUUCGUAUGUGGAAAAUGCAGUUUUUUCUUAUGCCCGUGGGAGGAAAAUGAAUGCAUUUUGUUUUCCAGACUUCUUCAUGGUUGUGGGCAUUUCAGCCUUUUUUGCAAAUUGUUGUAGACACUGAACUGACCAACUACUUGAACCGCUGUGAAAUAAAUUUUUUUUUUGUUUAUAAAAAUAUGCAAAAAGCUCA